UAAGCAAACACUGUAGACAUACAUUUUAUAUAUUUUUGAUGCAACUUUGCUUGUGUAACGCUCUAUAUCAAAGAAAGAAAAGACUAUUUUAUUCUAAUUGUUUCAAAGCUUCCAUGUGCAUCCAUGGUGAAAAACGUGUUUGUGGCUUGGAACCUACCACUGGAGAAGUAAGAUGGUUUCUCAAUACAUGUGAUAUACAUGAAUACAACUGCGAAUAUGGAACUAAAUUUAUAAAAUCACAAAGAAGUCGAUGUCGCCAUGUCCCACCAUUAUAAUACAAUCCUAUACUAGACAAUAAUAUUCUUAGAAUAAUGCGACAGGAAGUUUAGAUUAACCCUUUGGACAAUACCAUGUUUUAGUAAACAGCGGGAUAGGUAAAUGAAAAUAUAUGAAACGAACGUCAUUUGCGGUCAAUCCGUCGAUACGAAAAGCUAGCUACAAUCUUCAGCUAUGGUAUCCACUCAGUUGACAGCAGUAUUUCUUGCCACUGGUCUUCUGGCGAUAUUGGUGUCUUCGCAUGGGCCUCCACGCGACCGGGACAAUGAAGACAUCGCCAUGGGGCGGAAGGUAAAAAAAAUGGGACCUAAGUGGUGCAGUAUGGCGAAGGUGUGCAACCACGACCGCGUGCCGAUAUGCGGCAUCAGCCACGCUGGAGAUGUCAUGGGCUUCAGGGACCUCUGUGAUAUGUUUGAUUACAACUGUAUACGACGGAGGAACUAUAAGCAAACGGCAUGUCCGGAAGACAAGUCCAUCCUCACAGUAUCCCGUCGCCCGACCAAUACUUUUUAUGAUGACAAAUAACCAAUUCACCGUUAUCUAUUAAGACGUUUAUUUUAUUGUAAAACAUAAUAUUAAGUUUACAUAUAAGGAUUUCAGUUACUUAAUCAAUAUAAAGUAUUUACUGAUUUUUUUUCCAAUUAUUACACCAAUACUAUCUACACUGGAUCUAAAAGAUAACAAUAACCUAGUUUUCAAUAAUUCUGUUUAUAAGUAGCGAUGAGUUAAAAUAAGUGAUAGGUAC